GGGGGAGGAGGAGGUGAGGGGAAGGGGGAGGGAGGAGCUUGGAGUGAAGCUGAUGCAAGGAAGGUGUUUGCUCGAGCGAGGCAGCAAGCUCUGCUGGCCAAAAUGCGGGCAGCACAGCAGAGAUUCGCAGCAAGCGUCAAACAGGACCCGGGAAAGGGGGCAGGCAAGAAUGAGGACGAAGAGGAGGAUGAGGAAGAGGAGGAAAGGGAGAAGGGACGGAUGGGGAGAGGGGGGGUCUUUUCUGGGAGGGAUGUGGAGAUGGGAGGGGUGGAGGAGGAGGGAGGGGAGAGGAAGUCAGGCAAGAGGCGGAAGGGGAAGGCAGUGGUCGUUGAGGAGGAGGAGAGGGAGUGCGUGUUGUGCAGGGAGGGAGACAAGGGCGGAACGUCUUCCCCACUGUGUCACAUCGUUUUCUGCCAGAAGUCUCGCCUCGUCGGCCUCUCCAGCCGACUCACUCCCACCUGGCAAGGGGGCGCCCGUCCCUCUGCCGCUACUGCUCUUGCUGCCUCCCCUGGCGCUACUGCUGCUGCUGGCGGUGCUGGUGCUGCAGCACCCACAGGGGCAGCAGCAAGAGCAGCAGGUGCAACUGGGGCAGGUGCAACUGGGGCAGGCGGAACGGCAGGUGCUGCUGGUGGGUGGCUGGCUGGUCUAGGACUCGGGGAAGGGGCAGGGACGAGGGGAGGGGGAGGGGCAACUGGUGGAGGUGCUGCUGGGGAAGGUGGGACUGGAGGGCGGCAGCAGGGUUUGGGGCAAGCAGUUAUCUUGCUGGGGGGAGCACGGGAAGGUGCAGGUGCAGGGGCAGGGGCAGGGGCAGGAGCGGGUAUAGGCGCAGGUGAAGGGACAGUAAGGACAGGAGCGACAGUCCCAGAAACAGGCACAGCACCAGCAACAGCAACAGGAACGAUAGCAACAGCAGGCACAGCAACAGCAGGCACAGCAACAGCAGCAGGAAGAGGAGCAGGAACAACAACGACUACAACAGGGACUUGGGUGCAAGCCACCGAGUUCCUAGACUGGAUCAGAGCCACUCUCAGGGAAGGGGGAGGGGGGCCUGUGACUGUACAGGGGGCGCGGGGCGAGUGGCAGGUGGACGGCGAGGAUCUGAUGGAUAUCCUGCAGCAGGAGCUACCGGGGGAGGUGCGAUUCACCACCACUAUAGGAGCAGAUGGUGGUGCGGGUGGGAAUGAUGGUGCUGCUUCAACCGCUUCUGAUUAUAACGAGGAUGGCAAUGGAAGUGGCAGUGCUGAGGAGGAGGAGGAGGAGGAGGAGGGGGGGGAGGAGGGGGAGGAGGAGGGGGAUGAAGAUGAGAUGAUGGAUGGACAGGGGUUGCUGCUUCUGGGAGAGAACGAGCUGGGAGACGCAGGGGAAGAGAUGUUGUCAGAUACUGAUGGUGAUAGCGCCGCGGAGGAUGAUGACGAUGAUCAUGAUGAUGAUGAUGGUGGUGGUGGUGGUGGAGAUGGGGAUGGGGAUGGGGAUGGUGAUGAGAUGAUGCUAGAUGCUGCUAGUCUAGGGGUGGGAGAGGAGGAGCGGGAGGAGCGGGAGGUGUGGGCGGAUGGGGAAGAGGACCCAAUGGGGGAGGGGGAGGAGGGGGCGAGGGAAGGGGACACUCCCAUGGGGAUGGAAGUUGAAGGUGCUUUCGCCACUACUGCUACUGCUAAUUCCGCUGCUACUGCUGCUACUGCUGCUGCUACUACUGCUGCUACUGUGGGAAAUGAUGCUGCUGUUGCUGCUACUGCUACUGCUGCUGCUGCUGCUGCUGCUGCUGCUGCUGCUGCUGCUGCUGCUGCUGCUUCUCCUGCUGCGACAGGAGCUAUGGCUGCUGGUUUAGCUGCGGAUCAAACAGCAGCAGAAGAAGAAGCAGGAGCAGGAGCUGGAGCACGAUCAGGAUUAGCAGCAGAAUUAGCAGCAGCAGAAGCAGAAUUAGCAGAAGCAGAAGCAGAAUUAGCAGCAGCAGAAGCAGAAGCAGGAGCAGGAGCAGGAGCAGGGGCAGGAGCAGGAUUAGCAGCAGAAAUAGCAGCAGCAGAAGCAGAAGCAGAAGCAGCAGAAGCAGACUUAGCAGCAGCACAAGCAGAAUUAGCAGCAGCAGCAGCAGAAUUAGCAGCAUCAGCGGCAGGGGCAGAAUCAGCAGCAGCAGAAGCAGAAGCAGCAACAGCAGCAGAAGCAGAAGCAGAAGCAGCAGCAGCAGCAGCAGCAGCAGCAGCAGUGGAGCGGGCGGGUGCAGGAGGCGUGGACGCUCAAGGCGUGGGUAGAAUGGGAGCAUUAGGAGCAAUUCAUGCAACAAGGCAGGCAGGAAUGGAGGUUGCUACAGGCGGUGGUACAGGCACUGCUACAGUCCUAGGCGCAGGAGCAGCAGGGGCAGCAGGGGCAGCAGGGGCAGCAGGGGCAGCAGGGGCAGCAGGGGCAGCAGGGGCAGCAGGGGCAGCAGGGCCCACUGCAACAGGAAGGGUGCGAGGGGGAGAUGGGGGAGAUGGGGGAGAAGGGGGGACACGAGCAGGCGAGGGGGGAGCCGCCAGGGGGAGGCUGGACACAGUGCAGGCAGUAGCAGGGGAGGGCGGGGGAGGGGGAGAGGGGGGGGAGGAGAGGGAGGAUGGGAUGGUAGGGGGAGGGAUGGCGAGUGGGGUGUGUGUGAAGGGGUGUGGCCACGUGAUUCACCACUCGUGCAUGGACCAGUACUUUUCAAGUCUGUACCAGCGUGGUGUGUCGAGUGCGGCUGUGAUGUCUUUUGAGGCGCCUCAAAAGAAUUUUGAGGCGCCUCAACGAAGAUCAGUGGUGUGUCGAGUGCGGCUGUGAUGUCUUUUGAGGCGCCUCAAAAGAAUUUUGAGGCGCCUCAACGAAGAUCAGUGGUGUGUCGAGUGCGGCUGUGAUGUCUUUUGAGGCGCCUCAAAAGAAUUUUGAGGCGCCUCAACGAAGAUCAGUGGUGUGUCGAGUGCGGCUGUGAUGUCUUUUGAGGCGCCUCAAAAGAAUUUUGAGGCGCCUCAACGAAGAUCAGUGGUGUGUCGAGUGCGGCUGUGAUGUCUUUUGAGGCGCCUCAAAAGAAUUUUGAGGCGCCUCAACGAAGAUCAGUGGUGUGUCGAGUGCGGCUGUGAUGUCUUUUGAGGCGCCUCAAAAGAAUUUUGAGGCGCCUCAACGAAGAUCAGUGGUGUGUCGAGUGCGGCUGUGAUGUGGGAAUGUUCACAA